GGAUUCAUAGAUUGUUUGACAUUGACAGUGACAAUAGUUCAAAAAAUUUUUUUCUUUUAUUGUUAGUUACCAUUGUUUUUAUUAAAUAUUCUAAUAAUAAUAAUUCGAUUUCCCUAAAAUGAUCUGUUAAUAGUUUUUCUCUUAAAAUUAGUUACAAACUAAUUUUAAUUGCAAAUUAUUAAGAUUGAUCUUAAUAAUGUCUGAACUAAAGCCUUAUCAGUCAUGUAUUAAAGUAAAAGGAAUAAAUCUUUUACCUCCUAUAAUAACUGAUACACGCCGCAGAGAACUUCAAAAAGACAAAUAUCAGGCAAUAAAAUUAGAAAAACGACUGAAACUUUGUAGAGAUUUAAAAAAGAGUCUAGAAGAAUUAAUAGCUCUUCAUUCGUUGGCAAACACUGCAAAUUCUAGUGAAAAUAAAAUAAUCGAUUCAGGAAUAUCCCCAUCAACAAAUUCUAUACUACCUAAAAUAAAACUUUCCAGGGAUAUUAUUGAUAUUACGGAAUAUAACAAUGAUGGCAUACGAUUAAUUAACAUUAAUAAAGAUUUACCCACUGGUGCUAGACCUGGUCAAAGGGAGUAUGUAGAAGGUCAACAAUUAUUACUUAAUAGUUGUAGCAGUGAUGCAUAUGAUACUGAUUCAUCCUUAAAUAGGUCAACAGAAGUUGCUGUAUCAUCAGUACAAUCUAGUGCAAGAGAUCAAUUGUCAAAUCUUUCUAACGGUUCAUCAAAAAGAAGUCUGGUUCAUCCCUCACAACCCUUUACAUCAUCAGAAACAAGUAAAAAAUCAAAACCUUCUCGAGCUUCCAAAUCAUCGAAAAUAUUGAAAUCUCCAACUUCCCCUCCAAGAAGACUGAUCAGAAGCAAUUCAUAUACUUUAGAAGCUCCCAGUCCAAUACUUUUAGCCCAUCUUAAAAAAUGUAAUACUGGAAUUUCUCCAAAUAUCCAGCAGUUAAAUCCAACUCUAUCUAGAACUUGGACUUCUUUAGAAAAUAAUUUUGUACCAUUAGAGGAGAGUGAAUUUAGUAGUAUAAAUACUGUGUUUAACACAAAUGCUGCUUGCAAUGAACAUAGUUCUGAAAUUCAUUUAAAUAAAUUAGAUAAUGAAGAGAAAAGUCUUCCAAAAGAAGUUGAGCAAAAAUCGCCUACAAUUGAGGUUGUUCAAACUGAUAUUUCAGUACAACAAAUAUUGGUAAAUGCUAAUAGCGACGAAGUAGAAAAGGUUAAAAGCUCAUUUAAUCUAUCAGAUCCAGAAUGUCAAUUGAUACAAGUUUUGAAAAAGAUACCGGAAGAUUAUUCCAGACAAAUUAUGGAAAUAAUAGAAAGACAAAGAUCAGAACAUCAAAUAAAAGUGGACAAUUUUGAAAAGAAAUUUAGUAACCCAGUAAAUGAUAACUCUACUCAGAAAAAAGAUGAUAAUUCAAUUGACAAUUUUAAUCUCUCUGAGGUAUCCAAUUGGUCUAAUUAUUACACUCCAUCAGAUACUGUGUCUCAGUAUGGUCAUUCUGAUAAAAUGAUUGAAAUAGAUACAUGUGAUGAAGUUUCCCCAUAUCAAGAAUCCACAAAUAAAUCACACGAGAAAUCUGACAACACCUUCCUUCCUGAAGAAAAUGAUGAUAAGUUGUGCGAACGAGUUAGUGGUUCGAAAAUACCUGAAAAAGACUGGAGUAAUGUUAAUAUAAAUAAGCCAACAUUUAUUACUGAUUUUGAUUCAUCUGAUGAUACUAUCUCAAUAAAAGAAAAAAAACCGAGAUUUAGUAGAAAAUUGUUUUUAAAAAAUUCUGAUAAUACUAAAAAGAAGUGGGCAGCCAAUUUAAUUUGUGCACAUGUUAAAGGUUACCUUACGAGAAGGCUUCUAAAAACGUUAAGGGUGCAGUCUUUGAUAGAUACCAUUAGAGAUGCUUUGAUUUGUGCUUUAGAAUUACAUAAAGCCGAACACAUCGAUGAAGCAGAUGUUGAAUUACAUAGAAGAUUGAUAAAUCAGGUUUCAGCUGCUUGUUAUGCUUUCCAUGACAUCUUCUUUUCUAUUUCCAUACCCGAACAAAUGGCAAUAAUAUCUGCAGAUAGAAAACGAUUAAGAGAAAAAUCCAGAAGACCCUCAUCUGCUCCAGAUAUUCGACGGUCAAUGUCGAAUUCUAGUCGAUCUGCUACCAAGAGUUUUCAUUCACAGUCACAUACUUUGAUGAAAAUUUGAGGAUGUACUUUUAUCAGGUGUUUAUGUAGAUCUCAGUAUUUUAACAAAUGUGAUAAGCUUAUGCACAGAAUAAUUUUCCAAAAUAUCAUUAAAGUAACCGAGCACUUGGCAAAAUGAAACUAUAGAUGAUUUUUAAUAUUUUUUUAACUAGACCCUACAAUCUAGAGUUGUUGAAGAUUGUAUGAGAAAAUAAAAUUUUAUUUUUUAAAACGCAUUUAUAAAUUUUUUGUAUGAUCUAGCCAACAAUCCGUUUUGAAUUAACUGUAAAUUGUUUUCAAAAACAUAGUAUUUCAACAUAUAUUUAAUAUUUGUAAAUGGAAUGGCCUAUUAAAUGGUUAUAUUUUUGAAAUCGCAUGGAUUAUUUAACUAUUUUCAGAAAUAUUUUGAGCACAUGUGUCUAUUUAUAUCAAAUAUAAGUCUUGGGGGUAGUUACUUUAUUUGUUAAAGUUUAAAACUAUGAUUGUAGUAAAAUAUAAAAAUAAAUAAAUCUCACGAUCAUUAAAUGACA